CAAACCGCAGAGAAUUUAACUUAUGAGCCUAUUAAAUGCUGGACGUGGCUUCAUUCAAACCGGAAUGCUUAACAUAUACACAGGAAGGUGAAUUCGAGUUUUGAAAAACCUGUUGAAAAUAUUACUUCGUGUGACAGGUGUGACAGGGCCGAACGACGAUAACAGAGCAGGAAUUAAAGGCUAACGUUAAUGCUGAUUUCAACGAUAUUUUAUGAGCAAGAAACGUUUAUCUUGUCAUCGUGAUGUUCCUAGGUGCCUCGAUAGAAUCAUGAAAUGGUGUUUGUGUGACUGUUUUUAAAGGGAUACUCACGCAUAUGAAUAAUAUUUGUCUUGCUGAAGUAAUAAAUCCAAUACCGACGUGACGUAGCAUUCACUGUGGAAUGAGUGUCGAGUGAUGUAACGUCUAAAUAUCGAUGCAAAACCAGGAGCGCUGGAGUUACGUAUAGGCAGAAUGUUGUGCUCCGUAUGGCUGUGAUAUCAAGCGGAUAUGUUCAGUGCUACCUGAUUGGUUGUCAUGGUAACAUGCUCAUAGAUUAUAAAGACGUGUCAACUGCUGUUAUGACCUAGCAGUGAGCAGAACUAUUGGUAUUGAUAUUGAUAAAUAUCGACUUUUGGAAGGUUUUGUUAAUGCCAAAUGGAUAGAUGCUGAACAUUAUUGUUAAAUUGUUAAUGCUUCGACCUUUAAAAUAGAUAUAUUUUGUUGGGAGAUUUAAAAUAAGUACGAUAUACAUAACAAAGUGAAAUGUUUAUCAAUGCUUUUGUGUUUUUAAGGUGUUUUCAUUCCAAGAAUAAGUUUCAUUUACAUCCGUUUGCUCCAUAUCGGUAUUUUGAUUAUAAACUAUACAUACUCAGAAUAAUUAUUCAGUAACGGUGAUAAACUCAAAUAAAUGGAUAAGUAUGUUCAGUUGUGAAAAUUUGUAACAGAUGACAGUUGCAAAAAAUGUCGUUUGAUCGUGCGUGAGCUGCAAACAGUUUGGAACUGAUUUGCCUUUAAAAAACUUGCAACGGACUGGUAGUUUCCGGGUCUCAUGUCAAGCCCGACCCGGCAGAUGAAACAUCGGCGACUUCCCCCACUUCCGGGAAGCGUGAAACAAGGCGCCUCUCCGAAACCCCACGGUAACGCGCCUCCGGUCUUCACACCUGCCGACGAGUUGUCAUCGAGAAAUAAUCACCAUGACAUUCUCUCCGUAAAAGGCUUCAGAGUGUCGACCCAAGUGACGUCAUCAAUGUCCUUGUCAUCGUUACGUCAUCAUAACACGUCUCGUCUGUCGUCCAGUACAUACCGGAACAUGUCAGAUAUCAACCCGGAAGUAGUAAUCCAAUACCUCAACGAGAAUCCCGACUUUCUCGAGAAUUACGUCAUAACGCACGUGAAUCAGGAACGUCUGCAUCGUUGGAGCGCUUGGAAAGAGCAAGUCAGACGCCAACGACACGGCGAAAACCUAAAUGGCGAAAUCAUACCUGAUAGGAAAGCGUCUCUAUCGAAGUGGAAGGCAUCCCUUCAUUCCAAAAAAUGGGGCUUACUACAAGAGUUGACAAGAGAAAUACAUAAUCUCGCCAAUAAAUCACAAGUUCUCGCUGAGCUCGCGAAGUGCAUCUCAACGGCCACCUCCGCGGAGGGCCAUAACCUCUACCUCAUCGACAGCUCACAGCAGCUGUUCUACCAGAAAUAUACAAACAAGAAUGAGAUGACAUCGUCGUGUGUCGGUGGUGGGCGAUUGUCGACCACUUUGGCGGGAUACGUCAUGUGCACCGCUGAGACUGUACGGACGGGCGACAUUCUCGCGGAUGAUCGGUUUCCUGACGGACUGGCGGUGGGAGGGGAGAAGUGUCAGUCGGUCAUGGGGCUGCCAAUCAUCAAAGGGGACGGCACCUUAAUAGGUGUUAUUGAACUCUACCGGAAUGUGGGCGGUGGAAUAUUUACCCUCGAUGACGAAGAGGUGGCGAUUUCUAUGAUCAUGUGGGCCGAUGUUUGUGUUGAAUAUGUGGAGAGAGCGGUGUCCAUUUUAAUGUGGGGAUGUCUUACCGUACACUACGCAGAGAUGUACAACUGUAUGACGAGACAACGAAAACUAAAUGAAUUCCUGCUCGCAGUUACUAAAUCAAUAUUCCAAGAUAUCGUCAGUAUGGAUACGGUGAUAAUGAAAAUAAUGAACUACGCCAAAAAGCUCGUGAAUGCUGACCGUGCCUCUUUAUUUUUGGUGGACACGAACACCAAUGAACUUUACGCACGAAUAUUUGAUACAGGACGAGUGAAUGAAAACUUGCCCAGCAAAGAAAUAAGGUUUCCAAUGGAUAAGGGUGUUGCGGGUCACGUGGCUUCCACGGGGGAGAUCCUGAAUAUUCCGGACGCAUACACGGACCGACGGUUCAACAGAGAGGUGGAUAUGCAGACUGGUUAUAGAACAAAGUCUAUAUUGUGUAUGCCCAUCUAUAUACGCGGCAGUAUCAUCGGAGUUGUACAGAUGGUUAAUAAGUUGCAAGGCACAUUCACAAAAUCUGACGAGGAAUCGUUUGAGACAUUCGCCAUAUACUGCGGCCUGGCAUUGCAUCAUGCUAAGCUGUAUGAAAAGAUACGGAGGUCAGAACAGAAAUACCGCGUGGCCUUGGAAGUACUCUCAUACCACAGCCAAAGUUCAGAGGAGGAGUUCCAAUCCGUAAAGGAGGUGCCCGUGCCCGAGGUUAUACAAAACAUUACACAUUACCACUUUUCGCCAUGGGCCGUCACUGCGAUGGAGAAGCCAACUUACGUUCUCUACAUGUUCCGAGACCUCUUCCGAAGUAUCAAUAGUCGGAACUAUUCUCACGCGUAUGAUAUGGACAGUUUGAUCAGGUUCACAUUAACGGUACGGAAGAACUACCGUAACGUGCCGUACCACAACUGGGACCAUGCCUUCUCCGUAGCGCACGCCAUGUUCACCGUGGUCAGGACGACAAAACAUCAGUUCACCGCGCAAGAGUGCCUUGCCCUGUUCGUGGCUUGUCUGUGCCAUGACCUAGACCAUCGAGGCAAGACGAACGCGUUCAUGGUGAAGAGUGCCUCCCCGCUAGCCGCCAUAUACUCCACGUCUACCAUGGAGCAUCACCACUUCAACCAGACUGUCACCAUAUUACAGAAUGAAGGCCAUAAUAUUUUCAAACAUCUGUCAUCGGAGGAUUACAAAAAGAUGCUGAGUGACAUUAGGAACUGCAUCUUGGCGACGGACUUGGCAUUGUUCUUUGGCAACAAAGCAAAGUUAAAGGACAUUGCCGACAAGAGCGAGUUACAAUGGCAGGACGAUGAUCACAGGCGGCUGGUUCACGCAAUAGUCAUGACAGGGUGUGACUUGGUGGCCUCCGCCAAACCCUGGAAAAUGCAGCUCGACACCGUCAAGUAUAUAUUUGAGGAGUUUUAUCAGCAGGGAGACGAGGAGAAGGAAAAGGGCCUGACUCCUAUGCCGAUGAUGGAUCGAGAAAAGAAACACGAAUUACCUCAGCUAGAGGUUGGCUUCCUCGUCGGUAUUUGCUUGCCUUGCUACGAUUUAAUGGUACAAAUACUGCCGGAAACCAGGCCGAUGAAAGAAGGGGCAGUAGCGAACAUGAAGAAGUGGAAACAGCUGGCGGAGAAGUCGCGGGAAGAUGUGGAGAAGGAGCUGCGCAUAGAUAGCUCCCAGCGGCGCCACAGCCUUAUCCAGUAUGGGGAACAUCUCGACGACGAGACCUCCACGGACUCCGAGAAGCCAGAUGACAUCUCGGAAGAGGGCGAUCUGCCGGCCGACAGUUCCGGCGACGCGGACGAUGACAAUACGGACGGAAGCCAAGUGAGACGACAUGAGGGGGAGUACAUUGUUACCGGUGGCGUCGAUGGCGAGGAUAGUCAGAGUGGCAUCAGCGACGCCACCGAGCACAUUGAGAUCAGUUAAAAUGUCCGCAAUUAUCUGCGUGGGAAUAGCUUUAAAUAGACAGGGCUUACGUUGUCUUGGUUUAUGGGAACAGGAGUCAAUCGUCGGAUAAAAAGAAUUGAAUUGAAUACAAAUUUACAUAUAAACGUCUAAUGACUUAUAUAGUACGUGCGUGAUUGUCAAAGGCGCCUCUGUCAGAUCUGCACGUGCAAGUGAUUCGUUCACUAAGUAGAAAUUCAGAUUAGAUUCCGACUGACUGCAGAAGCAGAAUGUGCAGAAUCAACAUUGUUUGGAUUGAUGACGUCAUUAGUGACGAUGAAAAGCAUAUGUGGUUGUGAAAACAGACCUGGUUCCAAAUAAAGAAACGAAUUAGACAUUUAGAUGUUUAAACAUGUUUAUGAACAUGGUUGUUGUCAGCUUUUCAUAGUUAAAUAGUUUGACAUUCUUCGCCCUGCAUUAAAUCGUUCAUUGCUUGUAAUCCUAUUAAACUGUUAACAGGUGAUCCAAACAAAAACUGAACAAGUGCAUGAACAGUAGAAAACAGAUGCGGAUCGUUGGUUUUUAACUUCGUUAUAUCAGGGAGUUUCUAUUGAUUUGGGGGAAGGGUCUGGCCUUCCAUUUUGGGGCAAAAAAUAUUUACAAAACUGAAAAACGGGAUGAAAUUUCACCAACGUAAGCUUGACAUUUGGAGAAAACUGCAUCCUUUUAAAGACAAUCUCCUGGAGGAAGGGGCCUUUCUCUUGCGGAAAGCGGCAUCUAUAAGACCAUUACUAAAGCAGGAUAAAGCCAUAAAGCCCUGUAUUUGUGGCGGUUUCCGAAUAGGGCGACCCAUUGAAAGUAUCAUAAUGUUAUGAUCUUUUUAUUCGAGCUUAGUUUACAAACAUAAAAUGCAAUAUUUUUAUAAUAUUAUAAAUGUUCUGGGAAAAAGCAGGCGGAACGUGGCUUACUUUUUUCGAAGUGUUAUCUUACAUGCGAGGGCCAAUAUUGACAAAUAACACGUCUUAUUCAAGAUUUUUUUAUUUUAAAAUAUAAUUAAUGUGAACAUUCAGCUGCGUCAGCUGGACAUAAAACCUUAUUAUACAAUGCUGUUCUUUAUUUGGGCACUUUCCGCUUUAAUGAUAUUUUUCGUUUAAAGAAAGUCUUUUUUAGUAAAAAUUAAGUUUGGGCGGAAAGUGUCGUCCCUUAUUUGGGGACGACACUUUACGCACGUGCAUUAAACCUCCUUUCACAGAGCACGGCUCAUUUGACAAGGAACAAUUUGCCCAACUACAAUGUAUAAAACAAAAGUAUUUUACAUGACACCCGUUAACAAGAAACAAACACACAUACACACAACUGGGGUCAUCGCAUUGGAACGGUCAAUGCAAGACUUUGGGGUUAUAACCGAUUUUAAGAAUCUCAACCUCACACUUGACCCAGGCCUUAAAAUAUCGAAUAAAAAUUAAACUCUUUACAUUCCAAUUGAAUGGCGAUAAAAAUAAACAAGUUAGCGACCAAUCAUUUUAGCUAUAUAUAGUCAUAGGUGAACUUAACCUAGCAAAUAUGUUUUGUUUCAAUAGUAGUACAUCAAAGCAAGGUUUCUUUUUUAUCAUAAAUAUCAAAGAAGCAUAAGAUAGCAUGCAUGUAUUUAUUCGUCAGUGUCUAGAUAAUUAUUAAUUUGUAUUAUUUAUUUCAGCCAUGCAUAACAUACAUAUCAUAUAAUAUAUAUGAGUGUAGCUUUGAAAUUUAAUAUUUUGCCACUAUACUCUAGCUCUACCGAAGUUUUGAUAUUGCUUUCAAUGUGUGCAUAGCUACAUUCUGCAGUAUAUAACCUACACAAUUGUGUAUACAUAUGCAUUUUUGUCAACGUGCACGGCUAAGGAAUAUACAUGCACCUUAACAUUAAUGUUUUGACUUUCACAAAACUGUGUCAAAACACAAAACACUUACAUUACACAGUAAGCAUUCCAUACCACGUAUAUUGAAUUAGAUUAUAAUUAGUUAACAAAACUUAUUUACGCAUAGAACAGACCAUAUACAAAGAACAUGUGUAUAUGUGUUGUGUAAGUUACUAGAUUUUAUUGUUAUGACUAAAUAGUCUAUGUUAGAGUUUGUUAUUUUUUGGAGACAGAGAUAUCAUCCAGAGUGUUGUUUUACUAGGGUAUGUUUGACAAUUUGACUUUUAUAUGAUAUUUGAUCAUGAUGUACAUAAAUAAUGUCAUUUUUUUGUAUUUUACAUUUUGUUAAUUGAAAUAAACAUCAAAUACGAA